ACGGUGGCUGUGAAUCGGAGGAAAGUCAACAGAAAUCAUUGUACCACGGAAUAAGUAUUAUGGCUCUCUAACCGGGUUUCAAAACACAAUGCAGAAACCUCUAACGUGAGUAUGAGUGACCGUGAAUAUAAAGGCGAAUGAAGGCGGAAGUAGCCGAAACUCCUCGGAGAAGGUUUUCUCAUCUUUGUUUUGUAGUUGCGGCUGAGCCGGCAGACCUACGUCACUUCCUCGACUUAUUUCCAUUUGUUUGUGGGAAACGGUAGCGCGUAUCUGAUACCUUUUCACACCGAGGAUAGCCUUACUAUUUCAACUUACAGCAUGUCAGCGUGAAAAUCUUUGGAGACGCCUUUUCCCGUAAACUAAUUUACUCUGAACGUAUGAAAGAAAACAGGAGCGAGCAAACGUGUUAGCGCUAGCAAAGGCAGGAAAACGUGCGCUCGCCUUCAGAAGUAGUUGGUCAGCUAACGAUAGCUAGUUAGCUGGUUUGGGUAAAUUGGGCUAACUAUUGUUGGCUCCCCGGCGGUUCGUGGUGGUGUUUUUGUUUUUGUUUGUGCCCACCUGGAAAUCUCCUCCUGAUGGAGUGCUCUCACCUGAACUCAAACGUGAGUCCUGUGGAUGCCUCCUGGAUCCCUCACGGCACUCCGUCCUCCUGGUGUUGUAAUGGUAAGAAGAAGAAGAAAAAAAGUGCCAGUCAUUCUUAACAUCCGAGGAAAUUUCACGUAAAUCGAAACAAAAAUGACAGGUUUUGGGUCCCAUCCUCACCUACAACCGACACCAGUAUAUCUGUCAGAGAGAUGGAUGAAACAUAUAUCUUAUCAUAUAUUUUCACAAGUCUGCAUAGAAAGUGGCUUUUUUGACAAUAAUGCAAAGUCUUAUCAAUCUAUCUGUAGUUUGCAGGUCAAAUAAAAGCCCGUGGAUUUGCCUUACCUGUUUCGCUGUUCACUGUGGAAGGUAAGUUGGAGUGUGCAGCAGCUUUUUACUACACAGUAACUUAAGUAAUACUCUGUUAUGUCCUGGUAGUACUUUGGCUGUUGGUGACCAUUAAGACUCCGGCACAGACAAGUUAAUUAUACCACUCUGUCAAAGUCACUAUGUUAAGUUUUCACUGAGAUAGCUGUGUGUAAACUUCACCUUGAGUUGUAUGGAUUAACAAAAAGUGUUAAACUGUGACUCUGAUUAUUCUCCAGAGGUAUAAGUUUUAUAAGGAUGAGUCUACUUCUGGAUGUAAAAUAGUUUCACUAAAGUUAAAGUGCUGAGCAUCUGUUGUCUCUUCAACAAACUACUCUAUUGUCAAAGCCAGGGGGUUAGAAAUAUGUCUAACAAGACAUCCAUGUUGAUACUAUAUAAUGUCUCUCUGUGUUUAGAUAUGUCAACGGACAUGCGAAGAAACACUUUGAAGAAAGCCAAGCUGUUGGCAUAAAUCAAAAGAAAGGUGAAAAACCGGAGAAAGAGAAAUCCCAUCAUUCUGUCUGCAUGGACUGCAGCAGCUACUCCGUAUUUUGGUGAGUCUCCUCAUUGACCAUGUCACCUGAUUGGUCCCUGCUAGAGUAUAGUCUUUAAUGGUCAGAUGAUUAGUAAGCUGUGGUGAUUUUAUCAACUGAAUUGACAAAUGCUAGAUGAAAAAGUGUUCUUCCACAUUUAUGGCUGCUAUUUCGUAUGGCAUACUACAACAGUAAACACAAUAUAUCGUAUAUUUAUGAUCCCACACCUCUAAUACAAAGUUUUAUUUAGUUCACUUUGUUUACACAUAUUUAUGCAUCUUAACCGAUGUGGACUUUACAGUUACAGAUGUGAUGACUUUGUUGUCAAUGACACCAAACUCGGGCUGGUGCAGAAGGUGAGGGAACAUCUUCAGAGUUUAGAAAAGUAAGUGUGAAUCUCAAGAAUGAACUGUCUUUACAAUGGUCAUUCUCAGUAUAUUCCAUUGACAUCAACCAUGCCAAAUUAUCUUUGACUGUGGUUGACAUAAAAAUGUCAACGUAAGCUGUAGAAGCCCUAGGUUAUUGCCAAAUGAAACAGAAUCACAUGAACAAUAUGUCACAGUGCUCUUUAGAUAAGAUUAGACGUUUUUCCUUCACACAGCUCAGCACUGAUGGGUGAGAGGCAGAGGAAAAGAAAACUUCAGGAAAGUGCGGCACAAGACAGCAAGCUGUUGAAAGAAAAUGUAAGUGUCUGGACAUAUUCUGACAUCGUUGAUAUUUUUUGAAAAUACUUAAAUUUUUCUGGAGAUGCUUUAAAAACAUUUUUUAUUCCUGUCAGGAUGGGACUGCUGUGGGUGCUACUGGCCUGAGGAACCUGGGAAACACUUGCUUCAUGAAUGCCAUUUUGCAGUCCCUCAGGUAAGGCUCUGCACUGAGGAUGAGUAUGUGGGUGGUAAACUGGGUUUGCAGCAUGGUCCAAUAGCCCUGCCCCUGUAGACCCAGGGCCUCAUGCCCAAUCAUCCUUUAUUAAUACAGUCUGGGGCACAGUCAGGGGAUUUAGUCAGGCAGCUGGGAAACAAGACACAGCUAACACAUGGUUAUUGUCUGGGAUCCUAUAGUACUAUACUGGUGUAUUUUCAUAGCCACUUAAUAUGGGAACACAACUAAAUUCAGACCGUUUACCAAUUAGUGUUUUUUGAGUUAUGUGUGGCACAGAAACAAAUUUCUAUUAAUGCUUCUGUUUAAGGUUGUGUUUUUGUCAGAAAAAUAUAUCACCCACUUUGUAAGAUUGACCAGAAAUUUGUUAAUGGCCAUGUCAAUCAGUUUCCUUUUAUUUUCCUUUUUUUUUUUUUCAUUUUUAAGGGGGUAUUUAGAUAAAUAUAUCAGAUUCAUAUGGCACAGUAACAUCUUGGUAUUUACACAGUAUUUUCUUUGGAGCAGCUUUGUCUGUUCUCAUCUCAAAAACAAGAUGUUUCAAGUGUUUGCAUAGAUACCACAUUGUGUACCGUCUGCUAAUUCUAUAAAUCAUCAUUAAGUUAUUUGAUGUGUGUUUCUGUCACAGCAACAUCGAGCAGUUCAGCUGUUAUUUCAAGGAGUUGCCAGCCGUGGCUCUGCGUAGCGGUAAGACGGCAGGAAGAAGGAUGUACCACACCCGCAGCCAAGGGGACACCAGUGUGUAAGGUCCUCGUCUGAAGGGGGGGAGGAUGAAGUGGGCUGAGUGCAUUGGUCUAAAUUCAUUUUAGCAAGCAUGAUAACAACACAGUGAAGCUUUUUACAGGAAUAUUUGUGAUACGAUACAUUUCUAGUUACCAUAAAGUCUUUGUUGCUAGAAAGAAACACCUUAAACGUCAGUGCAGUCCGACACAAGUGUUUGUAUGUGCAUGCAUUCUUGACCCAGAGGGCUAAUAAACAUCCUAUGUUGUGCAAUAUGGUAACAAUGUUCCUUUAUGUUGAACAGGUCUUUGGUGGAAGAGUUCAGGAAAACCCUUUGCUCCCUUUGGCAAGGCAGCCAGACUGCUUUCAGCCCAGACUCCCUGUUUUAUGCCAUAUGGAAAAUCAUGCCAAGUUUUAGGUAGGCAAACAGCAGAGAAAAAUGUAUGACUUUUUCAUUACUUACCAUGAGUCAUCAUUAACAUGGCUUUUCUCUUUUUUUUUUUGGUCCAGGGGAUAUCAGCAGCAGGAUGCUCAUGAAUUCAUGCGUUACCUCCUGGACCACCUCCACAGAGAGCUCCAGUGCAGUCGCAACGGGGCAUCUCACUCGGUCCCGCCUCAGGAUGGGGUCAGGCUGUCCACUGCAGAGGGCAAAUGCUGCAUGUAAGCCUGUUGUUUUUUUGCCACUUUGUGUACACGCCUGUAUGUUCUGCUAGAUUCUGGUUUUGGCAGAGCAAAUGCUACCAUCUGUUCAUGACAAGAUUUAGAAUAUUUAUUUAAUUUUGUAACACGUACAAGUCCGCGAACAUCUGCUCGGAUAUAUUAUAGAUUAUAGUCUUUAUCUAGUGCUACAAAUCAGGCCAGUUGUUUUGAGUGCUCAGUUAGUUGUCAUAACUACUAUUGUUUGUAUUUUGGUUCUUUACAGAAACGGGACUGCCAGUGUUGUCACAUCUAUUUUUGGUGGCAUACUACAAAACGAAGUGAACUGCCUGAUAUGUGGGACAGAGUCUCGGAAAUUUGAUCCAUUCCUUGGUAUGAAAACAACAUUUGAACAAACACUUCUUUUGCUUGUUGUAACGAAAAAGCGAAUGAGAUGUCAUGUCAUGAAUGUUAGUUUUGGUUUUUCUGUGUUAACAAAGGAAAAAGAGAGGUCUAAAUUUACAAAAAUGUGGGGAGUGUCAUUUGGAAAAAAAAAAACCACAGAGCCUGGAGAAGUACCAGACACCAGAGAGUUCAUGUUGUCCUUUUUCUCACUCAGAUCUGUCUUUGGACAUUCCCAGCCAGUUCAGACAAAAGAGAAGUAAAGACCAGGAGCCCGGGCCCACAUGCACCUUACGUGGUACAUUUACAACUGACAGAAACAGUAACAAGUUUUGGAUCUGUUUCUGCUCUGCUGGGUAUAUUGAUGACAUGUUUGUUGUUUUCCUUUAGACUGCUUACGCAGCUUCACUGACUUGGAAGAACUUGAUGAAACAGAGCUGUACUACUGCCAUAAGUGUAAAAAGCGACAAAAAUCAACAAAGAAGUUCUGGAUCCAGAAGCUGCCAAAGGUCAGAGGAGGAGACUCUCAUUUCUUUUAUGUCAGAUUUUGAAUAGACGCCUGUUUUAGAAAAGUAAAAUGGUGGGUUGAAAACAGUUUGUUUUUGGGCUAAAUUAAGGCUUUAUUCCCAAUCACAGGUUUUGUGUCUGCACCUGAAGAGGUUCCACUGGACAGCCUUUUUAAGAAACAAGGUGGAUACCUACGUGGAGUUUCCACUGAAAGGCCUGGACAUGAGGGGAUACUUACUCGAGGUGGGCUUAAAGAAAUGCUGAUCACGGGAGUUCACAGUUUAGUAAAGAUUGUUUUCUUUCAGACAGGGCAUAUAGCGAAUGUCUUCAACUGUGAUAAUAGAGGGUCAGGUGAAAGCUGAUCCUUCAGAAUCUAUCUAAAAUGAUCAGUGUUGAGCCCAAAUUAGAACUGAAUGAGAUCAUUCAGUGCCCUUUCUGUUGUGGCCUGAAAGAAAAAGAUCGGCAGUUUUGUGGAAAAACACUGGCCUCACCUUUAAGUACCCACAGUGAGCAAAAUAAAUAAAGGUCCUCACAGAUGCAUGUUUUAAUAAGCACCCCUGCUGUUCUCAGGCUCUACUUUCUGGAAGAUUCCAGGAGGCAAACACUUUCCAAGCAGUCAUAAUGGAAAUGUUAUUGGUAUUUUGUCUGCUAGUAUAAAAGCUUCAGGUGCUUAUGUGUCAAGUUUAAACCUUUGUAAUGAGGAGUAUGAGGGUGAGACAGUAGCCACGGCAAGGGAGGGGAAAACGAUAAAGCAUGAGGAAUAUGAGUUUGGUGCCAUGAAGAACAGACUUUCAUUUCUGAAGUAGAUUUAUGAUGUUUUAUUGUACGAGGUUAUUACUGGAUGUUCCCUUAACAAACCAGUGAUUAAGUCAAACCUGUCUUCAUCAGUCAGCUGGUCAGAGAAAAGACAUGUUAUAGAGAUUUCUGUUGACCUCUGCCUGCUGACCUGAGCUGCACUAACUCUAAACUAAACACGUUAUAAAGAAAGUAGUUGUUUAUUAAACAUAGUCAAUAGAAUGAGUUUAUUUCAGAGAGCUGAGUUAUUUAUUGUUUGGAUUACUCCUGGUUCCUUUUGAGGUUUGGAUUUCAUUCUUACAAAUCUGAGUCAAAAUCUAUUACCAGUAACCUGAUGUGUUCUGAUCAUCUAUACAGUUUUCCUGCAGCCAGUGUGAUUUCUGACUGUUAAAAAAAUCAGUAUAUACAAAGGGCUUCAGCCUCCAGAUGGAACCACAAACAACAAUGGGCCACAGGAACCAUUUAGUUCCUAAAAGUCCACGGUGUUUUUGGUUGAAAAGCACCUUUAGGCAUGACUUGAGCCUCUUAAAAAAUUAAACUCUUAUCUGAUUUUUUUCCUGUGUUUGCAGCCAGAGUAUUCAUUACCAGAAAGCUGCCUGUACGACCUUGCUGCUGUUGUAGUCCAUCAUGGAUCUGGGUAAGUUGAGUUCCGGUAGUUCUGGUUGAAAUACUCUGAAAUUCUGGACUACAGAUCCAUACACAUCCUUUCCCCUACCAGUCCUGCCUACCGCAGUUGGCUGUCAGUCACCCUGUUAGAACUAAUGUUAGGCAAUUAUGUUGGAAAGCUCAGCCAACAGCUGCAUUUUAAAAUUUCAUGUCGCUCCUAAAUGCUGAGAGGCAUUCGGCUGAGAGUCCCAGUAAAUGCAUUUAGAUUUGCAGAGCUGCUCAUUAAAAAGCUGCUGUUCCCCCUUCAGCCUCCAAGUGGCAGUGUUGUACUGCUGCUGUUCUGUCAAACUGAUCGUGUUACUCUCACUUCAGCAGCAGGAAUAUAUAAGAAACCCAGACAGCACAAGGAAAGAUUAUGUGUCUGUGUCCACAGGGUUGGAUCAGGACAUUACACAGCAUAUGGCAGUCACGAGGGUCGCUGGUACCACUUCAACGACAGCACAGUCACUCUGACCAGUGAGGAAGCGGUGAGAAAAGCCAAGGCCUACAUCCUCUUCUACGUAGAGAGGACUGACCAGGUGGCCUCAGACAAGACUGCCACCAACAGCACAGCCACAGAAAGGCAUGCUGUGGACAGUGUUUCCACAGUAGUGUGUCAGGAGAAGGUUGCAGGAGACGCGGCUUCCACAGACACGGAUUUAACGAACGCGGGAGCCCCACACAAAGAUACUCCGGAUGUACCAGCUCUAGAUAAUGCUGCGUUGGAAAAUGUGGGUGAAGACGUGGCUGAACUGCAUAAAGCUGACGCAGCUUUAAUGGAGCCUGCAACAGAUAGUGAUACCUCAGAGAAGGCUGCGACAGAGGAAGCCAGCCAAGCAAUACACACAGUUGCACAAUGAUUCAACCAGGCUGCCUCUCGACCAACCUCUCAACCCAUUUCUAGCUUCACCUCAGUCACAUUUCCCAGCGUUUGACCUUAAAUAGCUUCGUUAAAUGUAUGUGCAUUUUAUUUUUGUGACCUGCAUGACAGCAUCAUGUAUGAUUUGCUGCUUGAUUUGAUCGUUUUAUCGUUUAGUAUCACUUUUUACCAAUCGUUCCUUAAUGUCAUCAUCCUCAGUCGAGGUAGACUGCUCUGUUUGUAUGGCAUAGAUUCCAAAGGACAAUGUUAAAGCUAAACUAAUGAAGUACAGCUGUAACCUUGGAAAACCUCGGAUGGUCCAAUGUUAAGCCCAGAAUCCUGAGAUGGAUGGUGUCAACACACUGUGUCAUGAUAACAAUGUUUUGAGUAGUUAUUGUUUAUAAAUUCAUGUUGUGAUUUCCACCUCUUGAGAACCUCAUAGUUUUUACAGUAUUUUCCAGUUAUUAGGGAAGACUUCAAGAUACAGAAUGCAAUGCAUUUGUUGACUGACAAGUGCUUUAGAAAGUUAUUUCAACUUGUUGAUCAGUGCUAAUGUGAAAGAAACGACCAUUCUCAAAAUGUCUUUUUUUGUUUGUAUUGAUGUUGAAAUAUAAUUUAAUGUUUCAUUCUGACUGAAAUGGACUGAAAGGAACAAACCCUGAUGAAAUGAAAGUGAACAUUAUGAAAUACAAAGGAUUUUUUCUUUCCUAAA